AUGGCCCGGAUUGUAGCGAAUGUUUUACGCAUUGCUUGGGCCACACGGCAAACGAACAUCAGGCUUGCGAUCGCUGCUCAAGUCUUCGUCGCUGCAGGAGUGCUUAUCUUGUUCAUCCUGAACCUCAUUUACGCCCAACGCAUACUGCGCGCAAGUCAUCCUCGGCUAGGAUGGUCGCGGCCCCUGUCCUACACAUUCAAAGCGCUAUACGUCGUCGUCGGAUUGACUCUCGUCAUUGUUAUCACCGCUUCGGUCCAGAGUUUCCACACCCUCAAUCCCAACACCCGUCGCAUUGACCGCAACCUACAGCUUUACGGCGCUAGCUAUCUGACGUUCAUCUCCUUUCUGCCACUUCCUAUCCUUGCAUACGUUCACCUAGCUCCUCGACGAGGCCAGCCACAGCCGGUGGAACCUUUCGGGAAGGGUAGCUGGAUCGCGAAAAGCUUGAUUGUAGGCGCCGCGGCAGCACUCCUUACACUUGGUGCCGGAUUCCGACUGGGGACAAGCGCGAUGCCACCCCGUCCAAUUUUCAGCCCGGCAUGGUACCAUCAUAAAGCGUGUUUUUACAUUUUCAACUUCGGGAUAGAAGCCGUCGUUGCUUAUCUGUUUCUGCUAGCGCGAAUGGAUCAACGGUUCUAUGUGCCCGAUGGGAGCUCCAAAGUGAGAACGUAUUCCGGGAAUGGGUACAGUUCAGGUUCAGAAAAGGGACAAAACAUUGACAAGCCAAUCAACAGUCGUGAACGACAGGAGGGAAGUGAUGGUGAACCAGUAAAGGUUCCUCUGGAGGGGAAAGCGGUUUUGGCAUGA